AUGAAGAACCAUUUUGCAUCUGAGCACGUGGAGGUUACCUGCGAGUGUGGGAUGAAGAUGGAAAAACAACACUUGGAGGACCACAAGGCGUUUGUGUGCCUUCUGCGACUUGUCCUCUGCCCUUACUGCGAAAUACAGCUGCCUUUGAGAGCCAUGGUUGACCAUGAACUUUACUGCAGCACACGGACGGAGGAAUGCGAAAACUGCCACCGCUACAUACUGGUGCGAGACCUGAAAGAACAUCCUCGGGUCUGCGGGCUAGUGGGGGUACAAACCCGAGGAAGUGCACCGUCUGACUUUGAGGAUGAGGAUGCACAUUUGCAAGACCUCCGGCACAGUGGAAGAGAAUCAGGAACAGAUGACGAGCCCGUCACCCUGCCGUGUCAAAGUUGUGGCUUGCGGUACCCUAUCUAUGAGCGGAUGGAUCACGAGGUUUAG